CUCCCUACCCUGAUAUGAACGGUGCCCGGAGGUGGCUUUCUCCGUAAUUACGGAAGACCUACCCCCGCCUCAGCCCAAACCUGCCUUUGUAAUCCGCGCCUCCUAUUCCGCAGCACGUUGUGUUGUUGUCACCACUUGUUGCUUGGGCGCUUCAGGGCCCUUGAGAGGCGAGGAAGGCCGCAGCCAGCGCUCUCAGCUCAGCAGUCCCUUAGCUUACGCGUGUUAACUAGAGCGGCGGCGGGCAGGCGAAACUGCCGCCGAUUAGCAUUUCAGAGGCGGUCGACUCCAGUCCGGGUUUUGGGGCUGAGGACUAGCGAGCCGCAGGGAAAGGCUAGCAAAAGACCCCGCUCGGUCCGUCCACCCAGCUCGUCCGCCCUUUCGCCAACAUCUGGGAAGCGCCGCUGACCUGCAGAGGGGAGCUAUCCCAGCAGGGUCCCUAAGUCACCGCCGGGCCAAAGCGCCCGAUGGCUGCAGCGGCGCGCCCGGCCUUCCUGCCCAGCCCAGCGCAUCCGCUGUAAGCGGCGGCGGCGGCUGCACCACCUCUGCUGCCUUGCCGCGAGUGCCUCGGCUGUAGCGGCAAUAGCCGCCGCCGCCGCCGCUCCCGCCCCCUCGCUCAGCCUUGCCCACCGCCCAGCCGAGCCGAGCCCACUCCUCCUCGGUGCGGCGCGCUGAGCGGUGCUGGGCGCGGCCAUGCAAGCGCGGCGUCUGGCCAAGCGCUCCAGUCUGGGCAACCGGCGCUUGAACACGGCGGGGCCGCCCUCGGCCGCGCAGCCUUUCCCGGAAUCGGGCGGUCGCGGCAUAGCGAAGACCGAAAACUCCUGGAGGCCGCCUCGGCGAGAGGGCUCGGCGGCCGCACUCGAGGAGGAGGACGAAGAGGAGGACGUGGUGGUAGACGUCGAGGAGGACGACGACGCCGACGAGGCGGAGGAGCUGGCCGGGUCGGGCAAGGGCCACGCGGCCGCCCGGGUAAGCCUGAAGGUAACCAGCAUAAAGCGUGAAAUGACCUUUGCAGCAUUUCAAAAGGAAGACCUAAAAAGUGAUCUAAAUCAAAAACAUUCAGAUCAGCAUUUUUUUGUGUUGGCUAUGAAGGAAGAAGAUUCAAAAACAGCAGACACCAAAAAAUUUGGCAGAAUUCAUGAUAAUGAGAAAGAAAAUACUCGUUCUAUCUGUCUUCUUGAACAGAAGCGCAAAGUUGUAUCUUCAAACAUUGAUGUGCCUCCUACAAGAAAAUCUUCAGAAGAAGUGGACAUGGAUAAAGUUACGGCAGCUAUGGUUCUAACUACUUUAUCCACCAGCCCUUUGGUUCGCAGCCCCCCAAUCCGUCCUAAUGAAUCCUUAAAUGGAUCCUGGAAAGAAGGAGGAUUUGUGCCUUCCAGUACCAGUAGCAGUGGGUAUUGGAGCUGGAGUGCUCCAAGUGACCAAUCAAACCCAUCCACUCCAUCACCUCCCCUUUCUGCUGACAGCUUCAAACCAUUUCGAUUACCAUCUCAAACUGACGAUGGCAUUGACGAGGCUGAAACUAGCAGUCUUCUUUUUGAUGAACCCAUUCCUAGGAAAAGGAAGAACUCCAUGAAAGUAAUGUUUAAAUGCCUUUGGAAAAACUGUGGAAAGGUACUAAGCACUGCUGUUGGCAUUCAGAAACACAUCCGGACUAUUCAUCUAGGACGUGUAGGAGAAUCUGACUACAGUGAUGGAGAGGAAGAUUUUUACUACACAGAGAUACGUCUCAACACUGACUCAGUAGCGGAUGGAUUAAAUAGUUUAUCUCCAGUUUCACCCUCUCUAGCAUCUCUUCCUUCUUUUCCAUCCCAAGAUGGGAACAGAAGUGAACUAUCAUGUGCCAAAAUAGAUGCUAAAGGGAUGACGCCUCUAAGCCGUUCAGCUCCUACCAACCUCUACCUCAUUCACUCUGACCAUGCUUACCAGGCUACAGCUCCUGUGAACAUUCCAGGGUCAGCCAGGUUCACUCCCAAUGGAAAAAGCUUUAGCAUCUCUUGGCAGACACCCCCAGUUACCUUCACUGGCCUUCCAGUUUCACCAACUCACACACGGCAUGUGGGGAUCGGAGAACAAAAGCACCAGAUCCACGCUGUUCUUUCAUCACCACCUAGAGCAUCAGUUGGCCUCAGAAAACCUAGAGGAGAGGGCAAGAAAUGUCGCAAAGUGUAUGGGAUGGAGAAUAGAGAUAUGUGGUGUACAGCUUGUCGUUGGAAGAAGGCCUGCCAAAGGUUUAUUGAUUGAAGCCCAGAAACAAUACGGAGUUGUGUAUAAUAGGGUUCCCUUGCUGCAACCGUGCAGUGUGACUCUUCCCACCUCCUUGAGCGCUGACGUCUGUUGAAGACUGGCACUCUAAAGCAAAUAUAUUCAUUCAAGGGGAAGGACUUCUCAAAAACCUAUACGCAGCAAUAUAGGGAAAACUUAACAAAAUCUUUACCAAGUUUUGAAUCAGGAGCAGCUAUAUGCAUCUUUCUUUAAAAGAACAGGAACAAAAUCUGUUUUUAAUACCUGGAACAACUCGCCUGUCAGAACAUUUGUCUUAGGUACUACAUCAUGAUCAGUAUUUCACCUUUGGAAUCACUUAAAGCCAAGAUUGAGUGACGCUACUUUUCUUAGAAUGAAGUAAAUGAAACACAAAUACACGCGUGCAUACACAGACACACUAAACUUUAGAAAUAAGCUACAUUUUUCUCAAGAGCAGCUCUCCCAAAAGUGGUAAAUAAUUCUACUGUGAACAGUCUUGAUUCAGCAUCUGGUGCUUGUCCUUUAAGGAUAAUGGAAGGAUGCUUUGCUAAAGGGGCAAGAAAUUUAAGAGUGAUCUCAAACUCAGGCCUGAAGGUUGAGCACCUCUUGUAUCUGUCCCAAAGAAGGCUAGUUGGGGAACAAUCACCAGCAGUCCUAAGCAAAAAACAAACAAAAAAAACCCCACACAUGGGAAAGGAGUCUGAUUUUAAAUGAACUUGGAUUGAAAUCAGCAUACAUACCAACAAAGUUUGGGUUCCAGGAUAUCUUCUUAGAAGCAAGUACUGGAAAAUGUUGUACAUCUCACAGUGCUAAAGGCUCCGCUCAGACUAAGGGGCAGCCCAGUGGACUUUAUCAACAUUAAUUCAGGGAUGUGAUCGACCCAGCAGCUUUUCCCCUGCUUUUUACGCCAUUUCUAGGUUAACAUUUUAGUUUGAAGAGCAAAUUAUCACUUCAGGGGAUAGAAACUAGAAGGACAAACUGGUUUCCCACUUCCCAACAUGUAAAAUAUGAGUGCAGCAAAGCAGAUGUCUGUAUGUAAAAAAUCCCAUUGAUUAUAAAGUUCUUUCAAUAUCAGAAAUAAAAGCCUUCACGCUGGCUUGCACUUUCAUAGGUUUUUGUGCUUUAGUGUAAUUUAAACUUCAUUUGGCCCAUGAGAUAGACGUAGCUGUGGUAUAAAUUGAACUAAUGCUUGAGAAUCAGUAGAAAGUUUGGACAUAGGUUAUUGGAAAUAAUGUCUACGGAUUGCCUAUUAAAAUAAAGGAAUUCCUGUAAGAGCACUAUCACAAUAGGCUUGUGCUCAAGACUUUCCUGGUGGAUUUUGUCUUUUGAUAUUAACUCCAGUGGGAUGAGAUAGGUAUCCCAAGUUGGGAAAACAAGAGCAAGAAUGGGAGCCCUUGAUGCUGUUGUAUGAUGACAAGUCAGAAAUAAAUUUUAUUGGGGAAGGGGGGGUAGAGGAACUGCUGAUGGACUAUAUUAUAAAUCACUAUUAUCUAGAAUGUCUGCCUAUAAUAAAUAUAAAAAAGCACAAAUUUUAAUUAAAACACAGAAUAUUAAGCUAGGGAUGACUCUUAUAUAAACUUCAGAACGAUUAAGUUAGCUUUAAUGCUAUGAUAAUACUAAAAUAAUUCAGGUAGGCCUGGAACUGUCUUCCAAAAUAAGGCUAUCUGGUUGAAAACACUUCUACUGUACUUAUAAAAAGCUUCUUGUACUAAGCAUUUUCAUCAGAUGCUCAUCCAGUUUUCUCAUUGUCUUCAAAAAGCUCAAUUUUAUAGCAUGUUAUUCCACUUAUAACUAGAGAAUAGGAAAUUUCUUUCUUGAGAUUUGGUAGGAAAGUAAGAAAAACAUUUUUUUCCUUUAUAGUUUGGUCUUUAACUGUGCAGCUUAACUAUCAAUGUCUAGCAAAAGUAAGAUUUAGGAAAAUGUGCUUAUGUGCUUAUCUAUUUAUUUAACAGAAAACUGCAUUUGUCAGGGAUUUCUUCAGAUCAUCAUAUUUACAGGCAGCUGACAACUAACUUUGAAAGAGUAUAUCAUGUAAUAAUCACAUCUGCAUUCUAACUUCAAAGUGUUAUUUUGCAGUCUUAUAAUUGUGUUGAAAUAUACAGUAUCUCUGGCUGCAUGCAUGGUCUGUCCAAAAUUCACUAAUACAUUGUUCUGACCUGCUGCUUCAUGGUCAGUAUAUAUCCUGGAGGAAAUACCAAGCAUGGCUUUAUGUAUUUUUUCCUAAUUUCACAUACAAAAGGGUAAUAGAGUUUAUAUUUUCUGACAUUCCUAUUUAAUUUCUAAAUGAUAGGUCUACAGGCAUGGAGGGAUCGGCUUGAAAGCACAGAAGAUUUCCACUGUAGUCAAAAUUAGGCUAAGUAGACUAAUGGUUCGAGCUAAGCAAAGACAGCUUAAUAAAAUUAAACUAACAUUCUUGAUAUAGAAAAAACAAACUCAAAAUCACCUGGAAAGCUAAAGUGCUAUAACAAAUUACUAAAUUUUUAUACAUUGAAAGUAUAUGUGAAUUUACUUUAAUAAAAGUCCAGGCUGGAAUGUAUUGAUUUGAUUUUCUUUCACUGGGCUUUAUUUGCAUCAUCUUAUUUUGUUACAUUAGCUUGGUAUUUCUUUUCACAGGAUGUAUGCCAUACAAUUUUUUUAAAAAAUUAUAAUUUAGUUGAAUCAGCUGUUGGUGUAAAUUGUGAUCACAUGCCCUAGAGAUACCAAGACAGAAGUGGAAAAAAAUAUUCUAAGAUGUAGGGGUUGAUCAUUGUUGGAAAUAAGUGAUUUAUUGCAUAUGUAUUCAAACUGAGAUAGAGAUUAUAAUAUAUGCGAAAUAAUAUUGGUAAAUUUAUUAUUCCUACUUUAUGUUAUGUUCUCAAAUGUUCAAAUCAAAAGUAAAUACAUGUUAUAAUCAGA